AAAAUGGCGACUAGCCGGAGAAGGUUGGCACUGUGAGAGUUCUUUCCGACUGUGUUUUGAAUAAGUUGACGGCAAUACUUUGGGUGGUAAGACCAUGUGAUGACAGUUUUAUGUUAGGAGUUACACCACGUCAAAAUGUCGUCCGAUAGAAAACAAGAAAAGGAAAUAUUGCAGGAGUUUGAAUCGCAUGUGAAAGAUAUUCGUCAGAGACUAACCGACCAACUGAGAUCGUUAGAUAAUCGUUAUGACGCCCAACGGGAACAACUCCAAGACUUCCAGGAAUACUUCAAGCAACGUGCUGAGGUGGAGAUGGAAUAUGCCAAGAACCUUGAACGACUCCACGAACGACUGACAAGGAGACAGAAAGCCGUACAGAAAGACAAAGAUGGCUUGAUCCCAUCAACCACAACAUGCUGGAACACUCUGGUAGACAUGACAAGGAGUCAAUACAAGCAGCAUGCAACACUCAGCCAAUGUCUAAACUACAAUCUUUCAAACAACUUUGGGACCAUCCGAGAGGGGCUUGAUAACGUCUACAAAAAGAGUCGGGAGAUGAUGGCUGAAGUACACACAGAGCUCCUGCGAGUCAUGAAUGAACUUUAUGCAGACAUCAAGUCGUACCACAAUGCCCACACAGAGCACAAGUCCAGCGAGGCCAAAUUCAGGCAAGCAGAGAACGAGAAGAUCAAGAUGGAGGAGAAAGGCUCGCAUAAAAAGAGCAAGACCGUGGACAAACAAUUUGAAAAGUGUUCAAUAAAGCACCGUGAAAGUGAAGUCAAAGCAACCAAAGCCAGGAAUGACUACAUUAUUUCCAUUGGGGCAGCCAACUCAAGUGUGACCAAAUUCUUCCACACCGACCUGGACAAAAUCGUAGAUUGUCUAGAUCUAAGGUACAUCCAGCUUCUACGUAAAGGACUGAAGGCGUUCCAGACAGCGGAAGUCCAGACGCAAGCCCUUCAGCAAGAUGAGCUGCGACGUCUUGAGCUAAACAUGAGGAGACUAAGCUGUGAGGAAGACAAGAAGCUAUUCCUCCAGGGUAACACCAGGCCGUUUGUAGCACCACAGUCAUUCCAGUAUCAGUCUCAUGCUGGGGAUAAGACACAUGAGUUAACAGCGCCACAUCAUCUACAGAGUGAUCUUGAAAACCGCUAUGAGAAGCUGUACAAGACCAUUGCAGCCCUCAAGAUAGAAACAGAUGAGAUUCAUAAAACCAUACGUGAAGUGGAGCGGAACUGGCUUGAGGAUGACUGUAACCCAAGUGAGGAUGAUGUAAUGACACAGUUCAAGUCAAUCCGUAGGAUGGUAGACUCCCUGUCCACACCGGACCUCAACCGCGCUCCUUCCAUGAAAAGGCAGCGCAUCCUUAAACAAGAGACUGAGAUGUACUAUCUUGAGAAAUACAAGGAAUAUCUCCAGAAGAGUAACAGACUAACUCGCAUGCAAGCAAGACACGACCUCAUACAGAAGGGUCUAGGAAUUAGUGAAGCCAAUUCCUCAGACAGGCACAGGCAGAACUUGCAGACCUUGCCCAGAAAGACGAAGCCACGUCCCAAGUCAGUUCAUCAUGCUCGCCUAUUUGGAGGAAACCUGCAGGAGUAUCUUGAAAUUACCAAGCGAGACAUUCCUACGGUUGUACAGAGUUGUGUAGAGUGUAUUUCCUUGUACGGUUUACACCAUCUUGGUAUAUUCAGAAUGCCUGGUGCGCAUCAAGAGAUCUCAUCAAUGAAAGACGCAUUUGAGAAAGGGGAAGAUCCAUUUGAGAAUUUAGAUGAACUAGCGGACAUCAACUUGGUUGCUAGUGUACUCAAGCUGUACUUCAGAGAACUGCCUGAGCCUUUGUUUCCUACAACAUUGUUCCCUCAGUUCAUGGAAUGUGCCAAAACUUACCGUGAUGCAGACAGGAUACCUGGUCUGAACAGCCUCGUCAAUGACCUACCAGACAGUGUUAUGAUUGUCAUGAGAUAUCUCUUUGCAUUCCUGAAAAGGCUUGCACAGUACAGCGAUGAGAACAUGAUGGAUUCUCAUAACCUAGCUGUAUGCUUUGGGCCAACACUGAUCCAGCAGCCUGACUCUGAUGAAGACAUCAUGAUGUGGCAGAGUCAUAUCAACGACCUCAUCCAGACGAUGAUCGUCUUUCAGGAAGACAUCUUUCCACAGGAUGGAGGAAUGCUUUAUGAAGACCCCUCCAUCACUGAUCUAAGCUCUAGUCCAACUGGUAGUUUGGAGACCAUACCUGAAGCAAGUGCAGAUGAUGACUCUAGUAAUGGUAUACUAGUGAUUGCCAAGGCUGAUUAUCUCGGCAAGACAGGAAACGAUUUAUCCUUCAGUAAAGGAGCCCAAAUUCAUUUAUUCAAUAAAGUGGAUGAAUAUUGGUGGCGAGGAGCCGUUGGGGAACAACAAGGUUACAUACCUAUCCAGUAUGUCAACUUACCAGACAAUGAGAAUGGUAACCCAGGCCUUCCCAAACGGCAAGUCAGCAGGACCGAUAGCACAGAGAUGAUGGUUCGGGAUAUAACAGAGAAGAUGGCUGAUGCUUUAUUGGACAUCAGCAACCUGGACGCCCCUUCCCCUACCCCCGAUUUAGUGCGAGAUAUCUGCACCCCUAGCUCACCAUCCACUGGGUCUGGGUCACAACAUAAUAAAGCUAAGAACCCACCCCCUGCCGUUAAACCCAGACCAUCAAACAGACCUACCAGACCAAUGCCCUCGUCAUCCUCACGAAGGCCUCAACAAUCACUGAAUUCAUCACAGACAUUAUGAGACAAAAGAACAAGUAUCGGGGAAAAGAUUCUUUUUUAAUUUCCAUUCAUACCAAAAAUUGCCUCAGCGUUUUUAAAUUACAAUCCAUCAAAAUAUUUUGUUUUUCAUGAAGUUUGUGUUUGUAUAUUUGUCAUCAAAGAACCAUAAAACAGUCAUGACAUCGAAAAUUGCAUAAUAUCGUAACUGGUUAGAACAAAGGCGUUUCAGUUGGAAGUGCUGCUUUAGUUUCAUCUUAUUUUUCGGUCAAGAAAAUACAGGGUUAGGUAGACGUCGCCUGCAUUGUUUUUUUCUUUCUGUUGUCCUGCUUUGACCAAGUAGAUGCUCCUAAAAUAUAGAAAGGGAAUGUCCUUCCAAAUAACAUCAGGCGCAUUGUAAAUUUGAAACGCCGAAAAGGAAAAAAAAGCUGCAGCGAGCGAAGCUAGCGAACGGAAAACAAAAUGGCAAAAUUCUCACAAUGACUUGUACUUCACCAACUUUAUAUCUUAAAAAUUGUUCACCAUGCAAAUACCAAAAGGUGCUUUUACAAAUUCCACCUGAGGUUCAUUUUGUUGUAAAUGAAAACAAAAUUGCAAGACCUUUUCAAGGUUUAGCACUUCUGUUUUUUCACAAAGAUUGGAAGUUUUCUUCCAUAGCAGGGGUUGAACUUCCUUCAGCCCACAUUCAUUCACCGUUAAUUCACGUAGCGUGGAGUAUUUUUGGAAAAUCUGUUGUCCAAUCUACCACUAGAAUUCCAAGACUUUGAGUUGUUAAAGCUUGGCUUUAGUAUCACUGGACUUAUGCUUUUUUGCUAGUCUAUUCUACCCUGGUCCAAGUCUAUGUAUUAAAGUCACAGAGACAAAUUUUGAAGUAAUUUUUUUAGAAGUAAAUGCCAGUUUCAUUUAACCAAAAGCUAACAUACAUGCCAUCACAAAUAGAGUAAAUCAAUUAUUUUGUUUAUUUUAGAGCAAUAAGUACGCUUUCUUUCGCUCGACUGAUAUUGUACAUUUGAAACGUGGUAGCAAUGUAUCUGCAGGUGCUGAAAAAAUACUUAAAAUGGUGCAAACGAAGACUUCCACAAUUUCCAUUGUUUUAUAUUUACUUCUACAGAUAUGUACAGCAGUACUCUUAUUUUUGAGUUUUAAAACAAACAAAAUCCUUUGAUCCAAAUCUUGUUGCUUUUUUGGCGGAUUCUGAAUGCUUUUGUUUAAUAACCAUUAGAUAUUGUAGAUAUUAUCAAACUCAAACAUAGAUUCUUGUCAUUUGAUUGGUGGAACACACAUCACAUGUCAUCCUUUAUUUUGCCAUGUAUUUACUGCCAUGACAUUGAACAGGCAUAUAUGGAAGUAAGUAUUGGACGGUGUAUGUUGAUGUUUUGAUGCUUAAUCCUCAGUGUUGUUCCCAAAGCAAUUGUUCACAUUCUUUCGUUUAUAUCCAAAUGAGCCAAGAUUGUUUCAUGACAAGGUUGAUGUCUACAUGGAGUCAUCAACCAUUUUAAAGUUUGUUGUGUCUAUUUUGUGCUUAUUGUGACAAUUUUUCAGACGAUAAGGAUCUAUAUGUGAGUUGACAGAUAUUUGUCGCAGAAUAUAAUCACUCAGUGAAAUCUGGCCUUUCCAUUAUAAUUGGCUUUGAAAAGUCCAGUCCAAUUCCAUAGAGCUGAUUAAGCAGAAAAUUGUGCAAACAUGCAGGAUACCAGUCACCGAUUGUACAGGUGACAUGUUAUUUUGGUUGGUAACUUUAUUUUGCUCAGCAUAAUUUUGUUGUGCUUAGCAAUUUUGUGUGUGCCUAAGCAGCUCCAUGAAAUUUGGCCCAAAUGUCACCUCGCAUUCAAUAUUUGUGUAUUGUAUGGCACAGGUCGACCAGUGCAUUAAUAUUUUUGCAAUGAGGCAUAGCUGACGACAGUGCAAUAUGUUCUAAUAUUUGUACUCAGUUUGUCUGCCCAAAUGGCUCAAUCUAACACUUGCAAUGUGAAUAUAUAUGGAUGAAGCUUAGACUAUGAGCCCCAUACUGGUUUGGAUACUGAAGUGCUCAGGUCUAAGCUGAUGUGGUUCAUUGUAAUGCAUCCCUUAUGGAGUUGGGGCUGUUUAAAUAACUGCACAACAAUGGCGUAUGUGGUAGCUGUAUAGCACAUGUGAGUUUACCGCUUAAUAUUUGACAGCUGUCUUUGGUCCCAACAACUACAUGUUAGUGACUAUUUAAUAUUUAAAUAGUGCAUAAUUCUCUGGAAAUUUCAAUGGCCAUGAAGUUUCAACAUUGACCAAGACUGGGAUCUGAAACAUGGUCUAUGCUUGAAAUUUAUUUGGUGUUGAGGGUAACUUUUCUUCACUUAAUGUUGUGCAUGAGAGCAUGGCAACUUAAAGCACCCAAUUAAUGUAUUGAUAAGAUCCAAACAUUGGUCUCCAAGAAGUGGAAUUUAUUUUAAACAAUCUGAUAAAUGCUUAUCAUCUGCCUUAGAUUAAUGAUAUAGUACUCUGCUGGGUGGUUUGAGUAAUUCUUUCUGGUGCCUCAAGUGGUGAAUAGAUAAAUAUUGUAAAUAAAAUUGCAACUGGAAAAGAAAUUGUACUUGCUUGUAAAAUGGUAAGUUGGGAUGAUAAUGGAUGAAGUUUAUAAUAUAUGUAAGAAUUAAUUUUUAGUAUAACUUGAUUAUUCUAAAGGGAUGAAUAAGUCGAGAUGGUCUAUGCAUUUGACUAAUAGAUUCUAGAUUACUGUACCAUCUUCCCAUGUCUGUGCAGAUUCUUAGUUGUUCAGUUUGAAUUGUUUUUGUUUAUAUACCUACACAGAUAAUUAAUGGAAUUUUAUCCUGAGCUCUCAACAUUUUUGAGGUUGUGCAGAAACUCCCACUUAUAAUCUCAUCUUUCCCCUAAUUCUUCUCUACAUGUCAAAACAAACACUUCAGAAAUGUUUCCAUAUUUCUGCCCUCCCUGUAGUGGUCUUGCUUGGCGAACCUACUUUUUUCUCUUAGUCACUGAUAGAGGGCGCUAAAUUUACUGUCUCGGAGGACUGGUCACCUCUGGGAAUCUCGUUCAAAGCAAAUGUUUGUUUGAUACACAUAUAUAUUCUCCAGAAAUUUAUGCGGCGACCGAUAUGACCAAUGUAAACAAAAUGACCACCACCACCACAGGCCUUGAACUUUGCUAUUAAAGGGGCACAGCUAUUUCGCUCUGGUAAGGGGCAUCUCUGACCUCUAUGAGGAAAAUGUAAAUAUCUACAGGAACCUGACACAGGGCACCGCUGUGGUGCCGUGGGUAAAUAUUUGAGGCUUGCCCAGGCAUUUAUGCUUCGUUUUUGAAAGGGCAAGGGCACCAAGGUAUUUUCUCUUUGCUAAAAGGCACCCUAUGAUAAAAAUUGUA